UGGGCGGGACCCCUUUUCGCGCGCUUUUCCCCCCGGCAGGAGCUGAGGGGAAGGGAAGGGAAGGGAAAGGAGGCGGCGCUUCCCUGCCCUCCGUCGGGCAAUGGCGCAGGCGCUGCGUUCCCGGCUCGUUCGGAGCCGCCGCUUCUGGGGAGGUUUUGUGUGCGGGGCAGCCUUGGGCGCCGUCGCCGCCUCGGGCUUGGCCGCCUUGCAGCGCCCGCGAGACCGCCUCUCCCCGACUCCCGGCGGCGGCGAGCCCUUGAGGGAGGAACCAGCGACUGAGUCCGUGCUAGGAAAGUAUGGAUUUCCUGUAGAUGGAACGCAGACCAGAUACUACACCAAUCAUGUGCUGUCUUACGACCAAGCAAAACGGAUACCGAGGUGGGUGAUUGAACAUAUCUCCAAACACAAGACCGUGGGCAAUGCAGACAGAAAACAUUGUAAGUUCAGACCGGAUCCUAGCAUCCCUCCGCUCUUCAGUGCCAUGAAUGAAGACUACAUUGGGAGUGGCUGGUCACGAGGCCAUAUGGCACCAGCAGGAGACAACAAAUACUCUCCGAAAGCCAUGGCAGAAACGUUUUAUCUCUCCAACAUCGUACCUCAGAACUAUGAGAAUAAUGCUGGAUUCUGGAACAGAAUGGAAAUGUAUUGCCGUGAACUUACUGAGAGAUUUGAAGAUGUGUGGAUUGUUUCGGGACCUUUAACGUUACCUCAGAUCGAUGACAAUGGGAAGAGAAGAGUCACUUAUCAGGUAAUUGGAAAAGACGAUGUGGCUGUUCCUUCGCAUCUGUACAAAGUGAUCCUCGCCAGGCAAAGCGCGACGUUGCCCGACCUGCUGGCGCUGGGGGCCUUCGUCGUGCCCAACAAUCCUAUCGGCUUUGAUCAUCAGCUGCUGGAAUUCCAAGUCAGCGUCGAAGAGCUGGAGAAGAUGUCGGGCCUCGUUUUCUUCCCGCGGUUGAAUAAAGACAAAGACGUCCGGAAUAUCUGCGAGAUCGACACGUGCAGACUGAUGAGCCUGGAGGAAUUCACUUUGUACAUCGCCACGCGGAAACUGCAGAGCGCCAGGACGCUCGAGAGGUUGGGGAAGAUCAUGUCAGAGUUACAGGAGAAAGGAAUCAAGCCCGAUGAAUAUCUCUUGAAGGUUUACAAGAAGAAAGAGGAGGAAUUAGCAAUUCAGAAGACGACGGAAGCUAGAGAAGGAAGAGCUGGCUAAGAUCUUCUUUUGAAAACAGGUUUGACUCUGCCACUGUUCAGGUUUGAAAGAACUCCUGAAGCUGAAGUUUGGUUCUCUGGUGUGGGAAUUGUAAUAUGCCCCUGGGUACAGGAUGAAGUAUACCAUAUGUUGACUCACCUGUGCCUUUUUUGAAAUCAGUUUAUUUAAAAUUACUUCUGAGGACACUGUAAACAUUGAAGAUGGUUAUCUUGGGGAGGUGCAAGUGGAACUGGUCUUACGGAACUUAUCUUUUCUCAACGUGAUGCUUUAAAAAUAUACCGUUUUCGCACACAGCUUACCUCGCAGUCACAAUCCUGUUCCCUCCGCAGCGUCUGUCGGAUUUCCCACCAUCUGCGCCGGAGUUACAGGAAGUGCCGCGGCUUUUGUGUCGCAAACGUAAACUGGGUUUUAGCGGUUUACGUUUACUAUGCAAAAGCUGCGGCACUUCCUGUAACUUCGGCGCAGAUGGUGGGAAAUCUGACCAGACGCUGCGGAGGGAACAGGAUUGUGACUGCGAGGUAAACUGUGUGCGAAAACGGUCAUAGUGUUUCUUAUUUUGUUUUCGACUCUGAAGUUUUUCCCUCUCCUGAUGUUAUUUUUUGACUAAAUAAAGGAAAGCAAUUUCUGUAA